AUGGAGGUGCAGCUCCAGGCCAUCAGCAGAGCCAACUCUGCACUUCAGUGCAACCUGAAUUGGAUGACGCUGCAUAGCCACCAACUUCAAUGCAAGCUGCACUGCGCCAAUCAACAGCUGGAGGAUUGUACCAAGCACUGCCAUCAGCUCGCCAGUUGGUUCAUCCAAACAGAGCAGCACCAUUGGCAAGACAUGUCUGCUGAACUGCCCAGCACGGGCAUCAAUAGCAACGAGAACGACAGCUGUGACAGUGACGACGGCACCGACAGUGGCGGCAGCACUUGCGUGCCCCCGGAGCAGUGCGUGCUUUUCGAUGAGGACACCCAGGAUGGAGACUGGGUUCUUAUCCCCGAGGAUGCCCAUGACGAAGAGCACCAGCUUGGUGAUGACUGCACUGUGAAUGUCAAUCUGACGAUGGGUUGUUUGACGAGGUGA